GGACUCAACCGAAAACAAAAGACUUUUAUCCAUACUCUAUGUAUAAAUUUCAAAAUUAUCGAAGAAAGUAGUGUGUGUUGAAAGAGCCCGUAUAGUGUCAGUUGCAGGCAACGGGUCGAAUACUGUACGAGUGCAGUUGCCUCUUUAAUUCUUCAAAAAUCAAAAAAUAAAAUAAAAGCGGGAACUCAAUCUCCCUCUCUCUCUCUCUCUCAAAAAAAUCCUCCAUUACAAAGUUACUGCAAACCUUUUCCUCUUCUUCUUCUUCUUUGCUUUUGGUGCUUCUUCUCUGCAACAACAAUGGCCAGAGCCAAACACUUAGCAAAACGAGUGGCAGCUGCACCUUCAGCGACUCCAUCGACGUCUACAAGAAAAAGCUCAAGGAAAGCAGUGACAACUUCGGUGCAGAAGCCUAAGCAAAAGAAGCGUUACAGGCCAGGGACAGUGGCGCUUCGGGAAAUCAGGCACUUCCAGAAGACAUCGGAUCUUGUUGUUCCAGCUGCUCCUUUCAUCAGACUUGUUAGAGAAAUUAGUCACUUUUAUGCACCGGGGGUUACUCGUUGGCAAGCUGAGGCUUUAAUUGCUAUUCAGGAGGCUGCAGAAGAUUUUUUAGUUCAUUUGUUUGAAGAUGCAAUGCUGUGUGCUAUUCAUGCGAGGCGUGUUACACUCAUGAAAAAAGAUUUUGAGCUGGCUCGACGACUUGGAGGAAAAGGACAACCUUGGUGAAGCAUUACCAUCCUACACCAAGUAGACAAUCGUACAGCUUCAGUUCAAAGAAUCAGCUUCCACAGGAGUUCAUAAAAUUCAAUUAUUAGUACCUGUAGAUUGUUUCUAAUUUGACCAUUACCUGUUGUUGUAAUUCAAUGGGCUAGUUAUAGUAGAUGAGAUUUCAAAUUCCCAAUAUUGUUGUAGCAGUUCUUACAGCCAUAGUUUGACUUAGUUGGUCGAUGCUAUUUUUAUGUGAUUAUAGUGGACGAGCGAGCCACCUAUAUGUCAAGCUGAAAGUAGUUUGUAUUUAAUGCUUUAGACUGCACACACACAUCCUUUUGUAGGUUUCUUAUGCUGAAUGAAUGACAAUAGCAAUACUGUUCUUGAA